AAAGUGCCACAGCCUCUUCCGUCAGCACAAGGUUUCCACGCAGCCUGCGAGUCUUCCGUCUGCGGCGCAAGAUGAAACUUUUCUGCUUCAUUUCGCUGGCUCUGGCGGCGCUUAGCGUCAAUGCCAACAUUUACUUUCGGGAGGAAUUUUCGGACGGAGAUGAAUGGAAAAGUCGAUGGGUGGAGUCCAAACACAAGUCAGAUUAUGGAAAGUGGGAACUGUCUUCUGGAGCAUUCUAUGGAGACGUGGAGAAAAACAAAGGUCUGCAGACAAGUCAGGAUGCUCGCUUCUACGCCACCUCCGCCCGUUUUGAGCCCUUCAGCAACGAGGGCAAGUCUCUGGUCAUCCAGUUCUCAGUCAAGCACGAGCAGAAGAUCGACUGCGGCGGUGGCUACGUGAAAGUCUUCCCCGCUGACCUGGAUCAAACCGCCAUGCACGGCGAUUCCUCCUACUACAUCAUGUUCGGCCCUGAUAUUUGUGGCUACAGUACCAAGAAGGUUCACGUCAUCUUCAACUACAAGGGCAAGAACCACCUCAUCAAGAAGGAAAUCAAAUGCAAAGACGACGAGCUGACCCACAUGUACACCCUCAUCCUAAACCCCGACCAGACCUACGAGGUCAAGAUUGACAAUGAAAAAGUCGAGUCCGGCACCAUGGAGGAGGACUGGGACUUCCUGCCCCCGAAGAAGAUUAAGGAUCCUGAAGCCAAGAAGCCGGAGGACUGGGACGACCGGGCCCAGAUUGAUGAUGCUGACGACACCAAGCCAGAGGACUGGGACAAGCCCGAAAACAUCCCGGACCCCGACGCUAAAAUGCCAGACGAUUGGGACGAAGACAUGGAUGGAGAGUGGGAGCCCCCGAUGAUCGUCAACCCAGAAUACAAGGGAGAGUGGAAACCCAAACAGAUCGACAAUCCCAACUACAAAGGAGCCUGGGUUCACCCGGAGAUCGACAAUCCCGAGUACAGCCCCGACGCCAGCAUCUACAAGUUCGACAACAUCGGCGUCCUCGGCCUCGAUCUGUGGCAGGUGAAAUCCGGCACCAUAUUCGACAACUUCCUGAUCACUGACAACGUGAAGGAGGCUGAGGAUAUCGCCAAUGAGACAUGGGGCGCGACAAAGGAACCUGAGAAGGAAAUGAAGCGGGUGCAGGAUGAGCAAAAACGCAAAGAGGAAGAGGAGAAACAUAAAGAGGAAGCCCCGGAAGGCGAUGAUGAUGAAGAGCAGGAUGAUGAUGAUGACGAAGAGGAGGAUGGGGAGGAGGACGUGGACGAGGAGACUCUCUCAGAAACAGACGAGGAGGAGUCGAAGCACAAAGACGAGCUCUAAGAACUUUGUCCAGUUUGUUCCAGGGACAUUGUGGCUGCUGUGCAUCCUUUCCCUGAAAGCUCGGACACACUUCCCGACGUGGGAGCAAAUGCAGUGAAGAGUUUCUGUUGCCUCCCAACAGAGUCGCUUAUUCCUCAUCAGGUUUUGUAAAAACAAA